GAGUUCAAGGUGUCGAAUAUAAAAUCGGAUUUAUUUCUUUUGUUGAUAUUUUCUCUGAUUCUUUUGUUUUGAAGACGAAAUUUGACAAAACGAAUCGUAUUUUUUUCAACGUUGGGCCAGCAUGAAAAAGGAGUGUGCACUUGUAUUGGCCGGCAAUUAAAUUCAGUGAAGAAAUUAUGUAAAAUCUUUGAGAGAUUGUAUAUUCAUAGUAUUGUCUGUGAAUGAUAUGAAUUCAUGCAAAUCUGUGCGCAAAAAAAGGGGGCAGACACGUAAUCGAAAAAUUCAUUCUAUCCGUGUGCAAUGCUCACGAUGACAGAACCCAUAUAAUUUAUUAUUUUCUUUUUGUUACGACCUUGUUUGAGUUCUGUUUUGUUUUUUCUUUGUUGUUUAUUUCUUACAAACAUACAUAAACACGCACACAAACACGCCCAGUGUGUGUAAUUUCUCUGUUCAUUCGAUAUUCAAUUAAAAUCGAUAGAAAGAACAACAAAAGAGCUCCAACGCCACAGUAAACUGAAUGCACUCGAAAAUAUUUGGAGUGCAAUUUUUCGAAGUUUUAAAUGAGAUCAUCGGUUAGUUAUAUGUUGUCGCAUGGUUCGGGUGAGCCAAGUAUGUCACAUCCAGACUAUGAACAACAAGCUCACCAUCACUCAUGUCUGUUGAUUUUAAUUCGCGGCAUUGGACCGUCAAAGCCACGUUCACUGCAAAAAAUAUUUGAACGAAUCCAACUAGUGAAUAAUGUCAAAAUAAAAGAUUCGUCGGGUAGUACGCGAGAUAUUUGGGUUCGAUAUGUUCGUGACUAUCCCGUGGAGAAUAAUGAAUGGGGUGAUUUUCAAACGCAUCGACGGCUGCUCGGUUUGAUAACGGUGGGAAAGUUUGAUUCACAAACAGAAUUGAAUGAAAUGUGUCGCGUUCAUGAAUCACUCAAAGUAAAAUACACCAAUACAUUGUUCGAUUCGCGUUGUGUACUAUUUGCAUCCGCGCAAAAUGCCAAAAAUGAUGCAAACCCCACCGAAGACAAUGAAGAUCCAGUGUUAUUGAGUACCGGCUUGGAUGAUUUGCCGGAAAGUGUUAGUGAUACAAAAUUUAACUCAAAAGACAAUGAGAAUACUCAACAAUCAAUAAAUGAUGAUUCAUACGAUAGUAAAAUACUGAAAAAUUCAUAUACAACACCAACAAAUUUCAAAAGCAAUGUCACCUUUUACGCUGAAAAUGGUCAAUGCGUUGAUCUGGAAUCAUUCAUAACCGAUUUCAUAAAUUCGUUGUUUUGGAUAUUGGAGAAAAAGCGUUUGGAUCGAUCGCAUGAGAAACUGGAUAAAGUGCCAUUGUUAUUGGCGCCAUUCGAGAAAAAAGACUUCAUCGGCUUGGACAUGGACACACGAAAUAUGCGAAAGCGUUGUGUUGGCCGUGUAACAAAAAAUUUGGCAGAUUUAACAUUACAAGCCGGCCUUGUGGCCGAAAGUUUAAAUCUAUUUCAUGCGGCUUGUGAAACAUUGCGCGCCAUAAGCGAUUCAUUGUGGCUAGGUGCGGCCAAUGAAGGUUUAUGUGCUGCAUCCGCUAUUUUACUGUAUCCACACGUACGAUAUACAAUGUCAUUUCAACGGAAUGCUAGUCUGCAAGAGAAUUCAGCGCAAAAAUUGAGCAUAGCACGUUCGACGAGUCAAAGUCAAGAGAAUUUAUCCGAACAAAUACUCAAUAAAAAAUCAAAUUUGGCCAUCACCUUGGAAACAGACGCUUCACUAAAAGUUAACAAUUUGGCAACGCUCACAUCGUCAUCGUCAACGUCAUCGGCAUCAUCGGUUACGUCGACGGUUUCCGGUUCAUCGACGGGCAGUUCACCAUUGUCAACCAAUCACACCGUUUCCAUUGAUAAAUUGCAAAGCAAUAAUAAUAAUCCAUCGAAUAUUUUGCAGCCAAGUGAUUUUGUGGCCAGAUAUCGUGAAGCGAUCAUUAACUACAGCAAAUAUCGACAUGCUGGUAUUAUUGAGACUGAAGCAGCAUUAAAAGCGGCCCGAAUUUGCAUUGAACAAAAUCGAUAUUUGGAUGUGGCCGUAUUCUUACAAAAUGUAUUGUACAUUAAUUUGAAUUUGACCGAACAAGAGCGUGUACAACGAUUUGAAGUGUUGACCGAACUCUAUCAACGUAUUGGAUUCAUGCGAAAAGCAGCAUUUUGCCAACGGCUGGCAUCAUGGAGACAUGUUGCGCAGAGCAACACAAAUCCCGACUGGAAUCGAAGCUAUCGGCUUAUGUUGGAAAGCUUUCCGGGUCAUAAAUUGUCGCUAGAUCCACUGGAGGUGAUUGAAAAUAACGCUGGAUGGAAGUGUUUACAAAUCGAUUUAUUGCAACAACUUGUUGCCGCCGCACGAAGAAUCGGACAUUCAGCACUUGCAACACGACACAUGACCUUUUUAUUACAAACAAUGUGGCCGCAUUUAUCGUCAAAUGAACAAAAGGAAUACUCAUCACAACUUCAGAGCCUGAGUGCACAGUGUGAAGGAGCUCCCGUUCCGCUUGUGUUAGAAGAUGGUACCGUCAUUCCGCCUGCAAAUCUCACCGAUUUGCCAUUUUGCCAGCAGUUGCGAGUAAAAAAUCUACCAGCAUAUUUGCGUCCGCAUAAAAUUAGUACAGCCAAAGUUGACACAGGACCAUUUCUAUUUACGCCCAUACAUUUCAAUUCGAUUGACCGUCGAUCAAAGAAAAAUGACGGCAAAAUAUCAUUCCAAUGGGUUCAAAAUGAAAUGUGUGAUGUUUCGGUCACAUUGAAAAAUCCGCUUCCAUUUGAAUUGCAAGUGUUCGAUAUGCGUCUCUUGACAAAUGGCAUAGUAUUCGAAUCGCUUCCUGAAACAACCACACUGUCAGCACUUUCAGCAUCAACAAUCACAUUACGAGGUACACCCAUUGAGCAUGGUUCACUCGAAAUACUCGGUUACAGUACGCAUACGUUGGGUGUCAAAUCGAAUUGCCGGUUAAAGCAUAUGAAUCGAGAUCGUGAUCGUUUAUCGCAAUUUCCACCAUCAUUCCACGUAGAAAUAAUUCCGGCUCUUCCUCGGCUUGAAAUAAAGACAUCGUGUCUGCCAAUGGACACAUUGGCAUGUAUCACACAAACCGACAACAUUAUCACAUCGACCAAUAUUUCAUUGUACUGCGGCGAAACGACUGAAUGCACAUUAACAUUACUAAAUUGUAGCAACAUAGCAAUAGAGCAUCUUGAAGAAACAAUGCAUUCAUCUUUGGAUGCAAAAACACAAGAUUUAGUAUUUUCAUGGUCAUCAAAAGAGAUUCAAUCACAAUUGCCGCUUAAGCCAAAUCAAUCGCUGAAAUUUAAAUUGAAAAUCGUUGGUUAUGCUGAUUUUUUGGGACCAAUAAAUAUAGGCAGUACAGUAAAUGCACCGUCGCUCAUGUCAUCAUCACAACACAACGGUGGGCAAAUAACAACCGAUGCCCAAUAUAACAGUUUGACCGGUGGCAUGAGUGCACUUUCGAUAUCGGGCCAUACGAGUUUGCCAAGUCGCAUGGGAUCACCCAUUAAUUUGCCAAAAAGAAACGAACUUAAUUCAAGCUUCAGAUCGAAAACACAUUCGGGACAUUCAUCGCUAGUCACAUACAGUCAAGGUGCUUCUGGAUCGAAUGCACGCCAACUAGAGGCACAAUUUCGAUUUCGCUAUUCGGGCGGCGAAGGAUUCGAAAAGGGUCAUUGCCGUAACUGUGCCGUACUGUUUAAUUUGGAAUUUUUGUCUAGUGUUCAAAUUACCAACUGGGACGUAUUGCCGGCUGAAACAUCGUCACAAUUCUAUUUAGUUUUGGAUGUGAAUAAUUUGACGGCUCAAGAAAUGAUGCUUAACUAUACGACGAAUAAAAAUAUCGUUAUUGAAGCACGAGAGAGUUGUCGUGUACCUGUCCCCGUUGAACGAUGUCCACUAUUUAGGCGCGAUCAACAUCUAGAAAAUGAUAACGAUCAAACAAAUUUUCAUGUGUAUAAAAGCGAUGCGGACCUUAUGCAACAAUUCUGUUCGAAACACAUAUCUGAUUCAGUGCAAUUGAACUGGUCACUUCUUGGAACGGAAAUUAUGGGCACAGCAUCGCUGCGUGGUAUCACAUUAUCAUCGGCCAUGUUAAGCAUCAUCACUGUUGCCCCGCUUAAAUGGAAUGUUACAAUAAAUGGUAAGGAAAUGCCAGCAAUAUCAGAAAUCUCAUGUGCAACCGGCCAAAGCAUUCCGCUUCAUAUCGAUAUAGAGAAUCAAUCGCUGACCGAGCUAACGGAUUUGACGUUAUCCAUACAAUUCUACCAAGAUUACCAGAAUGGCACGUCAAAAUAUCAACUGGAAACUAGAGUCGCAUUAUCUGGACCGAAUAAUAUUCAUAUCAAAUCGUUAAAAGUCAAUGAGAAAGUGUCGCAUGAAUGUUCGGCAAUUUUCUUUACGGCUGGCCGUUUUAAAACAAACAUUGAAUGCAGUCAUGUGGGUUCGAUGACAACUGACGAACAUCAUUCAAUGAAUGCACUAGCCCAAACGUAUGCCUUAAAUAUGGAUGGUGAACAAAUUGACUCACAGGUGUGGCGAUACAUUCCAGCGCCUGAAAUCACCGUGAUCGAACACACUUAAAAUGCAAUAUGCACUUUUUGAUAUGCACACAAUCCACAAAACUCAAGAAGAGAGAUCGAAUUGAACAAAAUCGAAUACAUAGAAAGAGAUCUAGACAAAUUUAAUAUGUUCUAAAAACACAAAAUAAAAUGAGAUUGAUGUACUGAGGAAGAGCAUCUCUCUCAAAAUAAAUGUUUCAUAUUCAAUAAUAAUGUACAUAAUUAUAUAUGUGUCACAUCAUUAUAUUAUUAUUAAUAUCAGUUCGUUUUUAUUUAUGAAUUAUAAUAAAAUUAUUAUUAUUAUUAGCAAUAAUUCAAUGGAGCACAGCAUUCCGAAAGGAAACAAAAUAAAUUCUCUACAUAUGUUAUUUGA